GUCCAUUUCAUCCUCAACUCUCAACACCAUACAAAAGACAUUUGCCUCUCCACGAUCUUUUAGAUCUAUCUUGGCCCGCUUUGGGCUACCUAAUCACAAAGGGAUUCAAAACGGAGCAAUAAAGCUGUGGCUUGUUCUACCCACCACCUUCAAACGCCAACAACGCCAACGUCGCAACGUCGCCCCGUGAGACGGUGAAGAUUGGGGCUCAAGCUUCCUCGACAACACUUUGGCCCUCCAACGUUCAACUCGAACUCUUCCCCUUCAACUUGUCGACAUAUUGCCAUUCCCUGGAUAAGACCCGGUGGGAUCACCAAAUCCUUCGAUUCCUGAAGCACAACCAUCAUGUCAGCCGAUCUUUUUGCGGCCUUUGGGGCCUCAUCUGAGGAUCAAGGUUCUCAGUCGAAUCGGAACAACCCUUCAAAUCCUUUAGCUAGCGACCCUUUUUCUUUCCUGGCAUCAAACAACAGCACGUUUCCAUCACAACCACAACCACAGCCGCCAAAGCCGCCGCAACCACAACAGCAACCAGUUCCUGUCUCUAUUCAAUGGCCGUCAGCACCGCCUAUUCAACCUCAGAUAUCAAAUGUAUGGGGGGAUCUCGGUACGCUAGGUGGAUCCCAAGGAGGAUUUCAGAGUUUCCAAUUUGUAUCGCCAGUUCCGGCACCCCCGAAGCCCGCUGCGCCGGACGUAGAGGAUGAGGACGGUUGGGGAGACUUUGAGGUUGCCGCCCCUACAACGACAACACAGCCCAUACAACCUACACCAAGCGCAUUCUCUCCGACUAGCAACGCCGAACCGCCACGGAACCGUCUCGUCAGAAGCCCAACGCUUGAUUUGGUGUCCAAUAAGCUCGUCAACCUGGACUUGUCCUCGACUGCUACUCAGCCAUCUGCCAAUAAGCCAGCUCAGAAACAGAAACCUGUGAUCAAGCCUAUCCGGAACGCUGACCCAAAUGUCUUGUUUGAUGCCGAUGACUUUGAGCUCCAGGGGGUAGACGGUGAUGAUGACGACGACGACGAGUUCGGUGACUUUGAAGGCACUUCAAGUCCCGCGCCAAUUGUCCCAGCCGCCAGUUCUGGCACGAAAGAACCCAAGAAACAGCCCCCUGGCCUUUUCUUAUCGGGUGGCAAUUCCCAGACGCUAUAUCCAGAAGCGCCAAAGUCUCACACUCGAAAACUCAGCGAUGUCAAGGAGCUCAAGAUCAAGACACCGGUGACCUCCGACUUCCCCAAAGAGGUCAAGGAGCGUGAACCUUCCCCGGUCACAGCUUGGCCGUCAGGUACUGGUGAUGGUUUUGGGGAUGAUUGGGAUGAGUUCAAAGACCUUUCCGUCAGUAGCACCAAGACACCGGCAAAGACGGCUGGUAAUACCAAGACGCCAGCAAAGAAACCAGACCUAGACUCUUCUUUUGACUCAGACUGGAAGGACUGGGGGGAAACAGAGAACGAAAAACCAAAGAUUGUCGGAGUUGCUUCCCAACCCACCAGCUCUGACAAAAGUCCUCCGCCUACGAACGUGCCUCCGCCAUCCAUCUUGCUCUCCAUACUACCCCAGCUCCUCGACCUCUCCAGAACAUCUCUUCUCAAGAUCAAGGCUCUCCCCGCGGCCAAGCAGCAUGCUGUUGUUUCCGAUCCUGCCACAAUGACAUUCUUGCGCGGUUAUCUGGCCCUGGCUACUGUGACAGGCAGGAUCAUCGCUGGCCGGAAGCAAAGGUGGCAACGCGACAAGUUUCUCAUGCAGGGCAUGUCCAUCUCAGCCGCGGGAGGCAUGAGGGGAAUGAAGCUUGCCACUGUUGAUAAGACUCAGUCUGCUAGAGAUGAUCAUAGUGCCGUUGCGGUUCUGGAUGUCUGGACCCAGCAAGAGGGAAGUCUGCGCUCUACAGUUACGGCAGCUAAUGCCGCCUCGGAUACGAAACUCAAGGUCCCACAGCUUAAGCUCGCUCUCCAGGUUCAUGUAGCCAAGAACGUAGCCACGGCACCGAAGCCCUGUGUGAUCUGCGGCCUCAAGAGGGAUGAGAGAGUUACUGGCGUUGACUUCGAUGUCGAGGACAGUUUCGGUGAGUGGUGGAUCGACUUUUGGGGGCAUAGGGCAUGCAAGAACUUGUGGGUAGAGCACGAAGCCAAGUUGAGACAGCGAUGAUCACCACUCUACUCGCUUGUCGCCAAGCGUCAACACCAUAAACCAUAUGCGGGCAUCCGGGCCGAGUAACCACCAGGCGGCCAGUAAUCCAGGAGCAUUCAACUGCGUACGUACAACUUGCAAGUGGACGUUCAUGUGAAGAGAGUGUCAACGAGUGUGUACGCCAAGCCGUACUGUACCCAGCUCAACAGGGGCCAGACUCCCACAUUAGCCCCGCUCCUUUGGUGAUAAAGUGAAUGUACAACUUCGAUCUCAU